AUGAUGAAGCAGGGUGUGAGGCGACUCCUUGUUCCAAUGAGCAAUUUGGAGAGGCGUGACCAAGAGAUUCUCACUUCUUUACAACGUUACCAAACAGCUGGCAACAUUGGUUCCGACAACUCGAUCGAUCGUGGAGCUUGGCUCGGAAAUUCGAAGUUGAAUGCCCAUCUUGUCGGUGUCUGUGUGCAUUUGCCAAUAUUAUACAUGGUUGUUGCAGGGUGCAAUCCACUUUUCAUGGAAAGAUAUUCCAGCCAAGCUAAAAAGCUUAUUGCCGUGUAUGGUGUGGGGGAGAAGUCGGACAUGUACAGUGUUCGAUUGCUGCUGGGCGAGGAUGAGAUCUCACAAUUGUCUGCUGGGUUUUUCAAACGUUUUUGGGAGCGUGCGUGUCAACGAAAAAUCAGGAUUCAGCAUAAUGGGAGCGAGCCGGAGGAAGAUGAAUCGGAUUACCACGCUGUAGACCUGGGCUUCAGGGAUGUUAUUGUCGAAGGGGAUUCGAAAGCUGUGAUUUCAAAAUUAUCUUCAGAGACCACUGAUUAUUCUGAGAUCAGUGCACUAGUUUGGGAAGUUAAAGGGAACGCAAGAGGAUUGCAUGCAUGUACCUAUCGGCAUAUUCACCAGUCGGGCAACAAAACAGCUCACUUGUUGGCGACGCUGAACAAUGAAGAUGAAGAUAAUCGGUUCUGGGUCGAGGAGGCUCCUCGGUCAGUGGAAGAGCAAGCUUCUGAGGACGUACGCAGCUAUGCUUUACCUGUUGGUACUGAGAGGGUACUGGAUGGAGAGGUUUCUGAUAAUGAAGUCAAGGAGGCUUUGUUUAGACAAGGCAAAGAUAAGAGCCUAGGACCUGAUGGAUUCACCUCCUGGUUCUUCAAGGUGGCUUGGGGGAUUGUUCACUCAGACUUCCUUAAUGCUGUGAGUCAGUCUGCUUUUGUCAAAGGUAGAAGCAUCACUGAUAAUACACUUUUAGCCCAAGAAAUUGUUAAGGGCUAUUCUAGGAGAAAUCUCUCUCCUAGAUGUUCUAUAAAAAUUGAUCUGCAGAAAGCAUUUGACUCAAUUAGUUGGAAUUUCUUGCUGAAUGUUCUUAGAGCUAUGGGGCUCCCUGCUAGAUUCUGUGGGUGGAUUGAGACUUGUGUAACCACUCCUAGAUACUCAAUUGCUCUGAAUGGCAACCUAGUGGGAUUGCUUGAUGUUGCUGCUAGGAAUGGAAUUUUUAGAUUCCAUCCAAGAUGUAGGAUGAUCUUCCUUACACACCUCUGUUUUGCUGAUGAUCUACUGCUAUUUUGUCAUGGUUAUGUGGAUUCAGUAUUGGGAGUGACUAGUAUUUUAGAAAAGUUCUAUCACCUCUCUCGUCUCAAGUUAAAUGCCUUGAAAACUGAGCUUUAUGUCUGUGGGAUCAAUGGUGGUGAAUUAGAACAGAUUCAAGCAGCUACAGGGUUUAGGACUGGUCAACUUCCUGUUAGAUAUUUGGGUGUUCCUUUAGUGACUCGGAAGCUCUCAAGGAAGCAUUGUACUGCUCUGUUGGAGAGAAUUAAAGCCAAAUUGAGGCUAUGGUCUAGCAAGAAUCUGAGUUUUGGAGGGAGAUUACAACUUAUAAAAGCAGUAUUAUUCAGUAUCUUCAACUACUGGAGUAGGCAACUUAUUUUGCCUAAGGGUGUGAUUCAGGAUAUAGAGAGGCUGUGCAUGAGAUAUUUUUGGAAGGGUAAUGAUUCCCCUGCUCGUGGAGCAAGGGUUAGCUGGAACCAGAUAUGCUCCAUUAAAUCUGAAGGAGGCUUGGGGCUAAAGAGUUUGACUUGCUGGAAUAAAACCUGUUGUUUUAUGCUUGUUAGAAAUAUCUUGGUUGGCGAGGGUUCCCUAUGGGUUGCCUGGAUAAAGGCGUAUUGCUUUAAGCUUGAUGAUUAUUGGAAUGUUGUUAAUAAACCUCACUUUAGCUGGAUACUCAGGAAGUUGAUCAAAUUGCGUGAGGAAGCUAGAGGCUUAUUUCCUGCUUCAGGUAGUUGGUUGCAGGCCAAAGGGGGCUGGAUUUGGAACAACAUCGGGACAGGAAAAGCAAAGUAG